GUGUAUGAAUAAGGCAGCUUGUAGUUUGGAAAAAGUAUUUUACUUAUGUAACCAAAACCACAUAAAGCUUUUCUAGUUACCUAUAAAACUUGACAAAUCUCGUGACCUUGCAGUGAUUAUUGGGAAACAAGCUGGAAAAAGGGAAGUAGGUUCUUGUGGACAAUAUGAGAGAGAGCAGAAGGGGGGAUAUUUUAAAAUAGUAUCUGAGAUGCAGGCAGUCACGCUGUGAGCUCCAGACCUAUAGGAGGGGAGUAUAACCAAAUCAAUCUAUGCUGGAGGAACUUCGGCUGCGUCCACGCCAGAUUACUUGUAGCUUCUCUUUCUUGCAAGCCUCAUCUCCAUAGGUUUCCUGGAGGGAUUUAUGGUGCAAGAAGUGGAGAAACCUGUCAUCUAUCAGCUCCAAUGCUUCUGAGUGAGGAGUCUGGUCUUCUCUAUUGCCAUAGGUGAGCCAGAUGAACCUUCUUGUGCCAGCCGACAUUCUGUGCAAAACCAAGUGCCUAUACAUGAUGGUUUUACUGUGUCUUCCCUUGGCCAUGGGAGAGCCUGGUCCAUGCAGACACUCAAUCACCAGGAAUCACCUACUGACCUUAAGACGCCUGAUAGAUAACCAGUUGCAAAAUGGAUGCUCAAUAACCUACACAUUUAUUGAGCGGAGAAAUUUGAGUAAAUGCUGCUAUGUGAAAGCUGCCCUGCCCUGUAUCCUGGAGCUUCUGACCAGCCACUUCAGAUACACCCGGGGCUCAGAAAACCACAGCUAUGUCCUAUCUCUGACCGGUCUCAUCCACAACAUCUACUCCCAGCAAUGUGUACCACAGAUUAACGAGGAGCUGGAGGACGACCCAGUGAGCUUCGGGAUGUCCGUCCACAGUACCCCGUCGGAGGCCCUGUGGAGGGUUCACGGUGUCCUGUCUGAGUACUGGGAGCUGGUGACCAGCAGUGACUCACCGGUAGACUGGAGCUGUGAGCAGGAGUACACAGACACUGCCCGGCCUACAGAACUCUCUCUCACUACAGUCAGUAGCUCUUGGGAGUCGGAGAAAGUUUCUCAGACUGGACUGGAUGUGGCUCUAGAUAGAGACUUGACGUUUGGUUUCACGAUGAUAGUGCUGUCAGUCUGUGGAGGACUGCUGUUUAUAAUCACUCUCUAUUGCCUCAUCACACACAAGAUGUCCCACUGUGAGUAUCAUCACACUUCACUUCAAGUAAACCAAAUCCCAGGUUUGCAUACAGAGAUUCAGGACUUAGAGAUGCAGGGGCAAUGAAGUGAGUAUUAUAUUCAGCCAAUCAUCUGUCAGUCUGCCCAUGAAUCGACUUGAAGAAUAAACAAUCAUCCUCUCUGCGUAAAGUCCAUUAAAGACACAUUGGUGAAGCUUGAAAAACCAAUCCACUGAUGAAGAUUUACCUGAAACCCAUCUCAUGACCUGAUCAAAUUGACAAACUACAAUGGAUCCAAAUGGACAUUACCAGUCAAAUUUCUGGCCAGCAGGAAUUGAAUGGAGCUGAUAUACUAUGUUGUAUAUUGUGUAUAUACAUAUAUAAGGUAUAUUUAUAAUUAGACUUAAAAACAGUGUAUUCUGAUGUCUUUGGAGUUUGUUUCCUGAAUAAAACAAUGUUAUUUGUUGUUUCAAAUCAACCACAAUCAUUUCAUUAGACUGUUUACAACAUUUGUCACUUGCAAUAUCACUGUUAGUAAUACAGAAAUAAGAGAGAUUAUUACUUUCUAGUUUGUACCAUAAGAUUGUUUCCAGAUCGAUGACUUGAUCCAAAAUGCAGCAACGUUGCUUCAAAACAGCCAAUCAAUGAGUUCAUCAAAACUUUUAUAGAAAUUUCAUGGCCACUAAUCACUUUCUCUCUCGCAUUAUGUUACAUUUCAACUGGUCUAAAUGAAUACACUCCUGGCACAAAUAUUGGCUGGUGCGUGUGUUACACCUACUAGGCAUCCACGCACCAACAGGCACACACACAAGACUGAAGCCAUCUGUGUAUUUUUCACUAGCCAAACACAUGCAGACAGAAGGAAGGCGGGCUGGCGAUGCAUCCAUCUACUGCCUGUGCUGUUUCGCAACUUCAGUACCAUGUGUCCCCAGUGUUUUUUAAAGGCUGUUUCUCAUCCAUUCACUCAUUUCUUAAAUGCCCCAAUAAAACAAGCUUGACUGCAUUAGACAGAUGUCCACACAUACACUUCCUUUCUGUAACAGGGUCCUGUGUAGCUCACAUGCAAUGUAAUGACUGUGGGUUCUAUUCCAAUGGGGCCGGCAUAAAAAAGUAUGUAAAUGUAUUUACUAACCACUGUAAAAUGACUCAAAAUGAUUAUAAUAUUACUUUGAAUGUCAAUGUCGGAGCUGUGUGAAAAUAAUGUAAGCAAUCUUGUUAUUCCCAAUCUGUUACGGGAAAAGAGAAAGCAUUCCUGUGAUUCAACAGAACUGCAUUCUGUGAGGGAUUAAAAGCAGCUGUUCAGGAUGGAGCCUUUGACAUAUGUGCCAAUAUGAUUUUGUUCAAAUGUGUGCAGUUCUGCCCCAGAAUAAGAGCAGCAUUGUCUGUAGAGUUGCAGAAGAUGAAGGCAGAGUGGCAAUAGGUGUUCUGCAAAUGGUCAACUGGAAUUGAACAUGACAAAUUAACAUGAAAAGAAACUGAAAGAUUUUUUAAUUUCUAAAUACUAAACCCUGUUUAGUGGCAUUACCCUGGUCUGUCAGGCUUUAAAAUGUGUGUGAUGUCUUUCAUUUACAAACAUGGACUCACUAAUUAAGUACUUAGACAUACAGUGGAUAUAAAAAGUCUACACACCCCUGUUAAAAUGCCAUG